GUGGUUUUGUGUAUGUUCUGGGGGGACGGCGGCGACCGGGCGCUGGUGGCCGGGUCGGUACUAUGAUCCACGAGUUGCUGCUGGCCCUUAGCGGAUACCCGGGCAGCAUCUUCAACUGGAAUAAGCGCAGCGGCCUGCAGGUGGAUAAAUCUCCAGGACCUGAUGAGAUGUAUCCCGGGCUCCAAUGGAAGGCAAAGGAGGAGAUUGCUGGGGAUCUGACAAAUUUUCUCUGGCCACAGAAGAGAUGCCAGAUGAAUAGAGGACAACAAAUGUGAUGAAUGUAUUCAAGAAGGGCAGCAGGGAUAAACCAGGUAUCUCAGGAUCUGCCUUUCCUUCAUCCAAGUGAGACCAGUGUCUUAAAUCGAUUGUGUAAGUUAGGCACCGACUACAUACGCUUCACAGAGUUUGUUGAGCAGUAUACUGGACAUGUACAGCAGGAGUGUCACCCUUCCCAGCAGGGCCAGGCGGGACUGCACGGGAUUUACCUUCGUGCCUUCUGUACCGGACUAGACUCGGUGCUGCAGCCCUACAGGCAGGCGCUGCUUGAUCUGGAGCAGGAGUUCUUGGCAGACCCACACCUCUCCGUCUCUCAUGUCAACUACUCCUUAGAUCAGUUUCAGCUGCUGUUCCCAUCUGUUAUGGUGGUGGUUGAACAAAUCAAAUCACAAAAGAUUCAUGGUUGCCAACUCCUGGAGACUGUUCACAAACACAGCUGUGGAGGACUUCCGCCAGUUCGCAGUGCAUUGGAAAAGAUCCUGGCAGUGUGUCAUGGUGUGAUGUACAAGCAGCUGUCUGCGUGGAUGUUGCAUGGGCUGUUGCUGGAUAAAUACGAGGAGUUCUUUAUUAAGCAAGGACCUUCCUCUGGGAACGUUGGCACUCAGCCUGAGGAGGAAGAGGAGGAGGAUCUGGGAAUCCGAGGCUUGACUGGGAAGCAGCUCAAGGAACUUCAAGAUCUGCGGUUAAUUGAAGAGGAGAACAUGUUGGCCACGUCUCUGAAGCAGUUUUCACUGCGAGCUGAGAUGCUGCCCUCAUACAUUCCGGUGAGGGUGGCAGAGAAGAUCCUGUUUGUGGGUGAAUCUGUGCAGAUGUUUGAGAAUCAGAAUGUGAAUCACACUCGUGCAGGGUCCAUUUUAAAGAACCAGGAAGAUACUUUUGCUGCGGAGCUGCACAUGCUCAAACAACAGCCCCUCUUCAAUCUCGUGGAUUUUGAAAAUCUAAUUGAUAGGAUCAGAAGUACAGUGGCUGAGCAUCUGUGGAAGUUGGUGGUGGAAGAGGCAGGACUUCUGGGACAACUUAAGAUAAUCAAAGAUUUCUACCUACUGGGUCGAGGUGAACUAUUUCAGGCUUUCAUCGACAGUGCACAGCAUUUAUUAAAGACUCCACCAACUGCAGUCACUGAACAUGAUGUCAAUGUAGCAUUCCAGAAAUCAGCACACAGGGUGCUAUUAGACGAUGACAAUCUUCUCCCACUCCUGCACCUCACUGUGGAGUACCACGGGAAAGACCCCAAAGAUUCAACACAGAGCCGCGAUGCAUCAUCUUCCCCUCGAGAAGCCCCUACUUCUGGCUGGUCUGCUCUGGGACUGUCGUACAAAGUGCAGUGGCCUUUGCACAUCCUGUUCACCCCUGCUGUACUGGAAAAGUACAACAUUGUGUUCAAGUACCUGCUGAGUGUGCGGAGGGUGCAGGCAGAGCUGCAGCACUGCUGGGCUGUGCAGAUGCAACGGAAGCACCUCAAAUCCAACAAGACGGAUGCAGUCAAGUGGAGAGUGAGGAACCACAUGGCUUUCCUUGUGGACAACCUGCAGUACUACCUACAGGUGGAUGUCCUCGAGUCUCAAUUUUCACAGCUCCUCCAGCAGAUAAAUUCCAUCCGAGAUUUUGAAAGCAUCCGACUGGCUCACGAUCACUUCCUGAGUAACUUGCUGGCUCAAUCAUUCAUCUUGCUCAAACCAGUGUUCCAUUGUCUGAACGAGAUCCUGGAAUUGUGCCAUAACUUCUGCUCCCUGGUUAGUCAGAAUCCAGGACCCCUGGAUGACCGGGGAGCUCCACAACUGGACCUCCUCGUUACGGGUUUCAGUCGGCAGUCGUCCCUCCUCUUCAAGAUCCUGUCGAGCGUUCGCAAUCACCAGAUUAACUCUGACCUGGCUCAGCUGCUGCUGCGACUGGACUACAACAAAUACUACACACAUUCUGGAGGCACACUAGGAAGUUUUAGCAUCUGACCUGUCCUGGGGCUGCUGGUUCCUCGCCUUCACCAGUCUCUGGUACUGUUGACCGUCUGUGGUCCGAAGUUGCAUGUGUGAGCUUGUGGCCAUACUUGCCUCUCCCGCAUCCACCGUUGGGAAAGCAGCUGCUUGAAGCCUUCACAGAGAGCUCAGGAUCACACUGCAGACUGUGCUCCUGUAGACAGACAUUCGGGGCAGAGUUUUGUGAGCUGGUUUGCUAACCUUUCACCUGUUUCCACUCUCCUGAUACAUUAGAUGACUUCAGGCUGGGAUUUACAGUUUCCUGCUGUUUUAUAAACUCUCGCUGAGGAGUUUUGUGCCUGUGUGAUUGCUGUCACUGGGUCUGAACAGUCUCUGUUCCCUUCCCUGGUGCCUGAUAUCAUCUGAUCACUAAACCCCAAAGGAGGGGUACUGACAGGUGGGAUGGGAUAGGUUCGGGAUGAUUAGAACGAAAACAAAGAUCGUUUCUUACCAGAGAGAUGGACUCCAUUAAGAACUGUGACUGGAUUGUCAGAGGUCCUAAGAAAAAUCCUUGCUUUUGAAAUUUCCAGACACUUUUUCCCAAACCUGCUUCAAAAGCCCCGAUUAACUGGGAAUGUCUUCCCUACUCUUCCUGCCCUUGGUCUGGGGAGCCAGGGGAAGGGUGCAGGUUUAAAUUGGUAUCAUCAACGUAAGUGCCUAAUGGUGCUUCAAGCAUCCUUUGAUUCCUGUUCCUAUUUCUUGAGGUGUUCACUCACCCACACGGGGUAAUCAGUGAGGUUUCCUCUAUCCAGCCAGCUUCGCCAUUGCAAAGAAUUGUCUGCCACAUAAUGUUGUCCUGAUUUGGGAAUCGCAUUCAAAGAGUGGAGUGUCUCAUGACUCUGGCAAUGGGGCUUUGGGUCUAAGCCACAAAAUGGAGGGAGUGUUGUUCCUCUCCUUGGCCAAGUGUGCUCGAUGUGAGAAACAGCAAGGGAUUUAUUGCCAGACGGCUCUGGACCCGAGUUCACGCACAGACGGCAUCGACUGGUCCCUUACUUCUGCCCAGGCCACUAGAAGCUGUGACUUCCAAUGAGAUUCUGGCAGCUCUCGCUCUGCCAACAGUCAUUAUUCCAUUUGCUGUUUCCUUGUAGAAUCCAAUUCAGUGUUAAAUCCUUUGCGCCUACAGAAAAAGUGAAGCUGUUUUUUUUCUGUGUACCCUCAUCCCAUUUUAUAAGUGGAACUAAAUAAAAUGAAACCCACGCU